GGUUGCUUCAGAGAAAAAAGAGAAGACUUAUGGUUGGCUGGUGGCAGGAGUUUAGUUGUAUUAAUACGACUACCCUCAUAAAUUGUCCGUCUGCAAUUUCUUAUGGCUUUCUCUGCUGCCACCUCUCUUGCUCUCCAAUCCUUCAAGGCUGCAAGGCACCUGUUACCUAAACGUGUCCUCUUUUCUGCGUUUCAAGCGCGUCACCACUGACCCAUCUUGUAUCCUCCCAUUGACCAAUCUGAAAUCGGGGCCAGAGGAAGCAGAACAAAUUACCGAUGGAUUUUGGGACUGAAUUGAAGGGAUGUGUUUGCCGGAUCAACAACUGCGCCAUCGAACUCUUCUCGCUGGAGGAGGAUUUGGAGAUUGAAGACGAAGACUCAUGGGACCUGGUUGGGAGGGACCUCCGGCUGAAGGCCACCUUCUUGUAUAUUGACCUCAGCCGUGUGAUCUCCUCCUGUGAGAGCGAUGAGCGCAAGAAGACGCUCACCGGCCUAGCCAACAAGUUCUUCUACUUCAUGGACGAGUUGGGCAAUGCGGUGAAGGACAGAAGCGCCUCCCUGGUGCAGGUGUGCUACAGCGACACAGCUCAUGUUCUUCGCGAGGUGGUAGCCGCCCUUGGGCCGUCCCAUUAGUCUGCCAUUCGUGCUGAGAAAGCUGUAAGAUCUGGGAGCUGCGCAUUUCUUGGAAGCAAGAAAUUACCCAAAAACCUGUACAAAGGGGAUAGGCCAACAUGAGGGAAACCAGGCCUCCUGGAUGGUUAUGUUAUGUACAUAUCGUUAUGCGGCUGUGGAGUCGAAGCAAACUAAAUGAUUAGUGUCUGGUUUGCCCCAUGGAUUGAGGUGUUCCUGUCAA